ACAGGAGAAAACAAGAUACACAGAGGAAGAGAGACACAUGCAAAAUAACCAGAGGCACGGCAGUAGCUGGGACAAUUUUGGAUUUGGGAAUCACGCACACUGGUCUGCACUCAGAGGUGGAUGUGCCAAGAGGAAGAACAACCGUGCUCAGGUGUGGCACAAUUUUAUAGGUUCAGACAUGUGUUCUACAAGCCUGCUACUACUACUACUACUAUCUGCAUCCACCAUCGGUCAGAUCUCAGGGCAGUUCCUCAGUGCCACUGUUGGAGGCUCCGUCCUGAUCCCCUGCUCUCUACCAGUUCCUCCACUGAGACUCAAAUGGUUUUACUGGCAGGAGGACCAGUCCAAUAAGAUCUUGUUUCACUGGGACCCCAAUGGGCAAACAAUACCAAUAGCUGAGGAAUAUAAGAACAGAUGUCAAGUCUUCCCUACUGAGUUUAGUUCUGGAAAUAUUUCCAUUAGACUUGACAAUGUUACUGUUGGAGAUGACAACAAAACAUUCUGGGCCAAUGUACGUUUAAUGGACGAGAAAGAAUCUGAACGACGUUGCACAUUCACACUGCAGGUUUCAGCUCCCUACCAACAUCUAGUCCUGACUGUUAACAACACAGCUAACAGAGCAACCUGCACAGCACAUGGAGGAUACCCUGAACCUGAACUCAAAUGGAGCGGGGAUGGAGGGACUAAACUGGAACCACAAAAAACCACAAUGACUCGUGAAGCAGACCUCACCUACAACAUCAGCAGCAGAGUCAACGUCACUGGGUUACAGAACGUGACCUGCACAGUUUACAACCCAACUUCAAACCAGACUCUGACUGCAACUAAAGAUGUGUCUCCAGCUGAGGAACCAAAGAGCGACACUUCUUUGGCUGUUGGAUUAGGUGUUGGCCUACCUCUUUCCAUCAUCAUCAUCAUCAUCAUCAUCAUCAUCACACUUCUCAUAGUGUACUGGGACAGAAUAUAUAUAAGGUGUGUCCAGAAUCCACAAAACCAACAAAACCAAAGAAAUGUUCCUGAUGCUCAGCCCAACGUGUCAGGACAAAAUCAACCUGAGGAGAAUAUUCCACUAAGGAGGAGGAAUGGUGGUGAAAGCUCGACUGAUGAGGAUGCAGAUUCUGGUGGUCGAGCUGCUUCUGGUGGUGCUGAUGCAGAACAUGACAAAUGCAGUUAAAUGGAGAUUUAAUUGAAUGGAAUUUUAUUUUAUUUUUUUUUAUCUGGUUAUACAUUUCCAUCUGUUUUAUUACCUGCUAAAUAAUUUUCUUAUUUUGAGUUUUUAUCUCUUUCUAAUCCGGCCUCUAGUGUGUCCUCUAGCAUUUCCUUGUUUUAUUAUGGCUGCUGUUACAAUUGAGUGUUUUAUAUAUUACAGUUGUUACUUUUAGGGUUAGUGUUGGCUUUAACAGGGCUCGCUGUGUUAGAGUGGAUGGUUGUGCUGGAGGCUCCUCAGCUGUCACAGUCACUGGCUGUCCCUGUCCAGUGACAUCAUCCCGUUUCCUGAAAUCUUCCUCUUCAGACAGCCAAUGGUACGAUGCCCAGCUUGGACACAAACAAAGCAGUGAGGGCAGCUCACCUUGCUCUGUUGUACACAGUCACUGUAUCUGCUGGUCUCAGAUGUUGGCUGCUGAGGACGGGCUGUUGGUGAGCAGGGGUCUCCAGGGGUCUCCAGGGGUCUCACUGUCAGGAGGUUUCACCAUCUGGGCCAGAUGUUUGGUCAGUGAGGAAACUUGUGCAGUCAGUUCUCUAAUAGCAGCACAGUUACCUGUAACUCAAUGUUUAGUUAAAGCUUGGUUAGCUGAGUCACUACUGUGAAGCUGAGCUGUGCUUACAGUCACUGGUUGGAGUUUAGCUACUGAGCCAAUGCUUUUAGUCUUUCUGCCUCUUCACCAGUAGACUUGGUCAUUUUAUCUAGGAGAAAGUCAUUAACUUGCACGUCUGUGAGGAGGGGUUUAAGGUCAUGUUGAACAUGGAUCUUUUUCUCAUUUAACAUUUGGUAAAGUGUGUGAGGAAAGGUACCUUUCAUAGCUAAACUGUGCACCAGGCUGUGUGAGCUCUGGGCUCUCUUUGUCUUACUGUUUAACAUUACUCAACUCUUGGAAACGUUCAGUACUGCCGACAAACAGCUUUAGUUCAGCUGUUAAUUUGCUUUUAUUAGUUAACAUUUCCGUUCAUGUACACUGGAUGCGUUGGUUGUCUAUGGUUGGUAUAGUUGUGGUCAGGAUGUGGUGGAGUGGAGCAUCCAUGUUGAUGGGUUGUUCAUAAAAUAGAAAAAAGGAUAUCUGUUUACAUAAAAAAAUCUCCAACCCACUACAUGUGCUUUAUCAAUACAAUGUUUUACAGUUACUUUGGUCCGAAGAACCACAAUGGGUUAAAGUUGAAUUUUUUAAAAUAUUAUUCUUGUUUUUGCUAUAAAUGUCUGACAGUGUCCUUGUUAAUAUGUAACUGCAAACAUUUCAUGUAUCUUGAAUUUCAAUUUUAUUUUUUAUGAACAAUCUGAACAGUAUAAUUAAGAUAAAAUGUAACAUUAUAACACAUUUCACUGGUUGUAUUGCUAACUCACAGAUACAUUACUGAUAAUGAACAUUAAUUGACUGAAAAUCUAUCAGAUAAGUCUUUUUUUUUUAAACUCAAGACCUACUCAAGAUUUUUAUUUAUUUAUUUGUCUGUUUAUUUACACAUUUUAAUGUUUUAUUACUUGGUAAUCCUGCCUACAGUGUUUCCUCGCUGCAAAUGAAUGUUUCCUCAGUUUGUGUUUUUUGUGAGUGCUGUUAUCAUUGAGUGUGUUAUUGCUUACAUUUAUUAGUUUUUGUAAUAAAAAGCUUUUGUAUGAAAAACAUA